CGCGGGGCGGAACGGCUGACGCACCGGCGCCCGCUGAGCUGGACGAUCAUCUUUCUCUUCUGUCUGCACAACAAUAACUUUGACUCAACUUAGGGACGAUGUUGCGCUUCAAGUUUGUCUUGUGAGCUGACGUGCAGUCUGGAACGCGUUGCGUAAAAUGCGUAAAAGCCAUGUUUUGUUUUGUUUAUUUUAUCGGUAAAUUGUCCCCACAUGUGGAAAGCGCGUUAUUAUCGAAUCGUUUCAAUAUAUCAUUAUCUAAUCAUGUGAUCAAUCUUUAAGACAAGCAAAAAAAAAAAAAAAAAAGAAAAAAAGAAAAAAAAAGGAAUUGCAUCGUUCACUUUGAUGUGAAUGACUCUUGGGAAACUGCAGCUGCACGUGGAGUAAGAAUGAAUAAAAGACGUUUAUCAGCGAGAGUCAGAAGAAAGCGCGUCGUCUCUUCGCUCGUCGUGCUGCUGAGCGCGUGCAUCAUGCUGCUGCUCUGCGUCAAGUCCAGCUUCACCUCCUGGGAUUUCCUGCCGUUGGUUUCUGGCCUCAGGACUUUCCAGAGGUACGACAUCAACUGCUCGGCCAUUUAUGCGAUGGACCCCGUGGAGGUGGGGAAAUCCCUGGUCAUCCGGAGGAACAGGGUCGUCGAGGAUACUGAUCGCAGUCUGGUUGAGCUCACCUCAAACUGCUCGUCAUUCUUGGAGACCAGAGGUUAUGGCAAAAUGUGCUACUCAGAGGAGGAGGAAGACUUUCCUCUGGCUUUUUCUUUGGUUGUUCACAAAUCCGCCUGGUUGGUGGAGAGAAUUAUCAGAGCGCUUUACUCGCCCAGUAACAUUUACUGUAUCCACUACGAUCAAAAAUCCCCUCCUCAGUUCGCCGCGGCCAUGGAGGGCUUGGCCCACUGUUUGCCCAAUGUCUUUAUUGCCAGCAAGAGAGAGUCCGUCUUCUACGCGAGCGUCAGCCGGCUGAAAGCUGAUCUCAACUGUCUGUCUGACCUCUUGAGCUCUGAGGUCAAGUGGAAGUACGUCAUCAAUCUCUGCGGCCAGGACUUUCCCCUCAGAUCGCACAUCGAGCUGGUUGCCGAGCUGCGGAAGCUCCGAGGCGCUAAUAUGGUGGAGACGUGCCGACCCACCGAGAGCAAGAAGGAGCGGUUCACCUUUCACCACGAGCUGCAAGACGCCAGCUACGAGUAUCAGAAACUUCCUGUGAAAACAGACCGGUUGAAAAGUCCGCCGCCGCACGGCAUCGAGAUGUUCACCGGGAACGCGUACUUUGUGUUGUCCCGGGAGUUUGUCCUGCACGUCAGCUCCUCGGACGUAGCCAGAGAUUUCCUGGCGUGGUCAGAGGACACCUACUCCCCGGACGAGCACUUCUGGGCCACGCUGGUGCGGCUGCCCGGCGUUCCCGGGGAGGUGCGCCGGUCCCGGGGCGACAUCACGGACGCCAUGAGCAUGACCAGGCUGGUGAAGUGGCAGUACCAGGAGGAGCACCUGUACCCGCCGUGCUCGGGAACGCACGUGCGCAGCGUUUGCAUCUACGGCGCGGCGGAGCUGCGUUGGCUGCUCAGCAACGGCCACUGGUUCGCCAACAAGGUUGAUCCCAGUGUCGACCCCGUCCUCGUUCAGUGCCUGGAGGAGAAACUCGAGGAAAGACAGAAACUUUUCCUGUCAGUAACUGAAAAAGUGUGUCGGGAGAUAAACUGAACGCUGCUGUCCGUCGACCAGUUACUCAUCCCCCUGUUAUGCUGCAUGGAUUAUAUAUUUGGAGCACUUUCUUUUGUGUGUAUCAUGAAUGAGGCCAAGUGUGUGUACUUGUGUGUGUGCAUAUGUGUGUGUGUGUGUGUGUACCAUUCCUUCCAAACACGUACCUGUUAGCGUUAAUUGGCUGCUCAUAUUAAAUUGCACUGAAAUCAGUAUAUUUUGUUUUUAAAGAAGUCACUUGAAAGGUGCUGAUUACCACGAGUGAGUGAUCUAUAGAGACUGAGCCUAAUCAGAUUCACCUUUGAAGAGGUUAAUGUUGAGUAUUUGUAGAAAAGUCAUUUUAAUCUGUCUCAGGAUCGUCGAAUUUCUGCUCCUCACAGGUGAACAUAACAGGAGGGUUAAUCCACUGAAAGACGACUGUUAUCAACGUUCCCAUUCACUUUCACUCUGUGAAUUUUUGCUGGGGUUUUUUCUUCUGACUUUGUCCUGAAUUGAACUUCAGCUGUUCAUCAGCAUGUAAUGAAAAACAGCGUUUUCACAGCCACUCUGUUUUUUACGUAGAAUGUCUCAAAACAUUUUGUUUAAAAUGCCUUUUACCUCAAAGAGUCACAUUGGUAAAGUGUUUGUUGAUACUUAUUUACCAGAAGGAACAUUCUUGUUACAAAGAUGUUUUCUUUAACUCCAGUUUGUGCCUUAAUUGUCACUAGCAUUACUUCUCUACUCAGGAAAAAUCUUCCAGACUCUCUGUGAACUUUCUGCAUUGCUGGGAAAAGGCCUAAAUCAAACCACUCAGAAAUAAACAUUUGUAUCAGUUUUGCACCGCGGACAUGUGAUUGAGUCAUCCCAAAGUUUAGUCAAACAUCCGUGGAGGGUUAUCCCUGACCUCCACCAGCUGUGAUUGCUCCAGUACCAAAUUGAAUAAAGCAGUAUAGAAGAUGGACGGGACAAAUUCAGUCAAAUGUGGAACAUCUUUGCUUUUCUUUUAUAUUUUUCUGAGAAUAGCACUUUUUGUUGUGUGUAAUUACUCUGCAGUGACUUUAAAAUUAGCUAUGCUUACAUGUCCAGUGUGAAGAUACCAGGGAUUUGUUAAUCUGCCUCCCGAAACCAGGAACUCCUGCUGAAAAUGUGAUGAAACUUUAAACUACCAAACUUUAGGCUUUGGUAUUUUGUAUCAUUAAAUUAUCAUAAUAAACAACGCUGUAAUGUAUUAUUUCUCAGAAUAUAACAUAUAGGCUACUGCAAUAUCAUCUGAUUGAGUGAAAUGCAGCAUUAAGAAGUGAAACCAGGGGUGUCAAAUUAUUUUAGUUUAUUCAGCAGCGGACAGAAGAAUUCAAGAUCAACCAGUUAUUGAAAUGAUGCCUGGUGGGAGUAAAGAGGAAAGCCACAAACCUCU